UGCCAAGCUAAGUCUGGUAGUUGGUUCGCAAUUUGUAGAUUUAGCGAUCUUUUGUACAAAUGCUCGUGGCGCAUUUCCAUGUGCUCGCAGCACAAUGUUAGAAUGCACCAAAAAGUUCCUUCUGUGGUUCGCUCACGAACAUAUACCUUUCAGGAUGGCGGAGAUUCAGUCCAUUGCGGCUAUGUUUGGAAUAUCCAUGGCAUUCCUGGCACAGCCCGAAGGCGAGCCGUACGCGAUAGCGGAACUCACCGAGGCAGAUGCAAGGAAGCUGGCUUCCAGGAGCAUGCUCAUUCGGUCUGUUGUAGAGUUGUGGGCACACGGUCCAAAAAUAGAUGACGUCUGCAACCAACUCAAGCAAUUUCCCGCCAACUUUUGGGACCCAUACUCUGGGGAGGACCAGUCCUUCAAGGUUAACGUGGAGAUUUUCGGCAAACGGAAAGUUCCGCGUGAGGUCAAGGUCGAGAAGAUUGAGAAAUUUGACUUCCUACCUUUGAACGGGCCGAUCAAGAUGAACAACCCGGACCACACGUACCACCUGAUCGAGUACUAUGGCGUCGUUCCCAACUCCAUGCCCGAAAAUCCGCUGAUGGUCUUUUUUGGCCGCUGGGUCUGUGACGGCCAGAGGUUUCUGAAGUUCCAGCUGUCGCUCAAAACACGCAAGUUCAUUGCCAACACGUCCAUGGACCCGACGCUGUCCGUAAUCAUGGCCAACAUGGCACAGGUUCAGAAGAAUCAUCUGGUGCUUGACCCGUUCGUUGGCUCCGGCAGCCUGUUGGUUCCUGCAGCACACUUUGGAGCAUACGUUGCGGGUACAGACCUCGAUUAUUUGUUGCUGCACGGUAAAGCCAAGCCAAGCCGCUGCAAUGAGAAGCUGCGAGCGGAGGAUGAGAGCAUCUUGGCCAACCUCCGGCAGUACGGAUGUGAAAAACAGUUUGUCGACGUCGUCAUCGCAGACGCAUCGAUGCCUUUGUGGAGAGACGGAGCACGCUUUGAUGCCAUCAUCACAGAUCCACCCUACGGCAUUCGGGAGGCGACAGAGAGGAUUGGCUCCCACAAGCGGUACACCAUCCCGGGACACCUGGCAGCUCAACACGUCCCGUCCAAGGUCACCUACGGGCUGAAGGACGUCCUCUCGGACUUGCUCAACUUCGGCGCCCACCACCUGAACCUGGGCGGCAGGCUGGUCUUCUGGAUGCCCUUCUACAACGAUGACUUCAGAGAAGACAGUCUUCCAGAGCACCCUUGCCUGAAGCGCAUCGACUGCAGCCAGCAGCCACUGUCCAAGCACUCUUCUCGUCUUCUGCUCACGAUGGAGAAGACGACGGAGCCGGACGAAACUGCGAGCGCCCAGAUAUCUUCUGCAGCGGACAGCUUCCGAGACCGCUACUUCACCGGAGGGAAAGGGAGGUCCGGCCAGAGCAGAUGACGCUCGGAUGCCGGUUAAAGUCACGUCGGAGACGGUUACGGGCGACUUUCGAGGGAAUGCACGGGUGCUGUUGCGGCCUGUUUUUGUUGUUGUGCACAGAAGAAGCGGUCUUCUUUGUAGCCACUUUGUUGUCGGUGCUAUGGUCACCGACGAGAAUGACCCUCGAGUUGUACCUCCUCCCGCACGAGCGUGCACACGUAGCCAGAGCACGGCGAAAGACAACGAGCAGGGGCCGGAAGCGGGGCAUUCGAGAGAGAAGCCGUUCUCGUCCCGUCGGUGACCGUAGCACGACGCGACGUUUUUUUUUACGACAUUUCAGAUUCAGCGGCAGUCGGCGUCAGCAGAGUAUUUCGACGCGCUACUGGUAACGAAAUUUCUCCGCAACGCUACAGCAGAGCUUGGUACGCGGCCGUACGUGGCAAUGUCGGUGACAAGGGGUCUAAGUGCUGCUGGUCUAGCCAGCUUAGCCGGGAGUUCAAAGCCGCCCUGAACGAGCCACCAAUAAAUCGCUGCGACACAUCAUCGCACCAAGAGCAUUUCUCGUUAAAGCAAGCGUCUUCAACUCCGCACACUCAGUCAACUGAUCAAACUUACUUUUCUAGAAUGUUCUCCAAAAUAUUGCUCAUUCUUCUUCGUGCCUCAAAACGAACUGUCGAAGCCGCCAUUGCUGUCAAGGUUCGGUGCCAUCAAGUAGGGGCGCCGCGAACCUGUAGGCUCGACUGUCUGGCUCUUUUUCACCUGCAAAAACACCUUUUUUUGUCUGAAAACGAACGAGGUAAGCUCAUUUCCAAUUUUUGUUAUUAAAGAUAUCUAAAGAAUGACCGAUGCUCGCAUACGGGAAUUAAUUAGACGUCAAAAAUUGUUGGAGUACGAGAAAUUGUUUAAAAACUACCUGUAAUCGCAAAUUAGAGGUGGCUCGCCGAAAGUGGGGGUGGUCAAACGGUGAUGCCCCCUCCGUGACUGUGGCGCUCCUAGCAGCAGUUUUUGAUCCUGUACCAAACUUUGGCCGAAGUUUCGUGACGGCAGUAGUCCACCGAAGGACUCUGGCGCUGGGGACAGCAGUUGUCUCAAAUUGUUGUUUCGGGGGGUCUUCGUUGAGUUGUUGUCCUCUCAUUACUGCCGAAACAUCUGAGGCAUUGUUGCAUUGAAGCAUCUACCGUAGAAUACAGUGUAUCCACCCAUUCCACAUUAAGAGGAUACUACAACGAAA